AUGCCUCCCAAACGAAAAGAGUUUCUCAAGCCAAAGCCAAAGGGCAAGUUAAAACCACAAGAACCACAAACCGAAAACGACUUUCUAGAAGUAGCAGACGAGUAUGAACAGGCAGCGGGCAAAUGGCGCGCUGGAGACGCAGCAAAAGCCGCUCGCUUCUUCAAUAGAGCAAUUGAUAUGUAUAAUGAGGGUCUGAGACUACACCCUCAAUCAUUUGAUCUCGCGUAUAACAAAGCAAAUCUGCUAUACAAUAUCGCAGAAGAUGAGCGCAGCAUGUCACAGUUUGGAAACAGAACAGCGCUGCUAGAGCAAACCUUGGAUUCUCACCGUUUUGCAGUCUCACUGAACCCAACAAAUACAGACAUUCUCUUCAACACUGCACAAGUGCUCACAUCACUAGCAGAAGCCCGUCUAGAAAGUGACACACAAGAAGCCAGAAAGCAAGAUGCAAGACCAUUACUUGAAGAGGCCGUGGAGAUCUUCAAGAGGUGCCUGGACAGUCAGCAGCAAGAGUACACGCAUAUACAAGCUGAGAUUGCAAAAGCACAGGCUUCUGGCGAGUACCGUGAGGCUUGGGAAGGAGAACAGCAAGAACAGUCAGCAGUUGAGGAAGUAGAUGAAGAUAUGAAGACCGAGUCUAGUGAUGCGGAAGCGCCAGGCGAUUGGGCUACAGUUGAAGAGCCCUUAACACCCGAGUCAAUCCUAGAAACAUGCACUGCACAGCUAAACGCCCUCACAACGCUCCUGGGCCUCUACAACCCCGCCCUCGACAUCUCUGGUCUCGAAAAGAAAGCCGAAGAUGGCCUCGAAACAGCUACACAAAAGAUUCCCGUUCUUCUGGACCUUAUCGACAAAUCCCCCUCAAAAGCCCCAUCCGAAGAACCAAAAUCCGGCCCAACCCUCUCCCUUACCUCCGCCCCCGCAUCCGAAGAAGCAACCACAACCCCCAAAGACGACGCCCUCCUCGCCGUCGCCACCUUCCAGGCCAGCAUAGCAGAAAUCCAGUACCGCAGCGGGAAAACAGACGCAACAACCUACGCCUCAACCACCGACCACACCUUUUCAUCCCUCCAACAAUCCAUCAUCCCACAAACCCCUCCUACCUUGGCCACCAUAAACCUGCACUCGGCCCACGCAGACGCCCUCAUCGACUUUGCCUCGGCCCUCUCCGACGGCGCACAAUACACACCCUCAGCCCCGACAUUCGAAACAGACACGAGUCUCCAGUGGACAGCUCUGACGCACGCUCAAACAAUACUCACUACCCUUUCUUCUCAGCCGCACGCUUCCCUCGUCUCUCCCUCGCGCCUGUCAGAUGUCUUCGUAGCAAGAGGCGAUACGGAUCUCUUCCGCUUCCGCAUUUCACUUUUCAGUACUGCGAAGCCCGCGUGGCAGAAGAACGGGGCGACGCUUAUCGCUAAUGCUGGUGUUUUCUACAGGGGAGCGAGGAGUUGGGCGGAGAAGGCGGGAGCGCAGCAGGCGAGGCGGGUGGCGGAUGCGAAGGCGGUUGUUGCGGAGGUGUUGAAGGAGGGGGUGGAGGGGAAGGGAGAGAGGAAGGAAGGGUGGAAGGGGAAGAGGGGGAUUGCGGAGUGGGUGUUGGCGCAGAUGGUUGAGGAGGGAAUUGUUGGGCGGGAGAAUGUGGAGGGGAUUUUGAGGAUGGUGGGGUGA